UAUAGCCUGGUCUCUGCGGGUGGGGGCGUCGGGCACCAAACCGUUCCCCCACCCAUGCACACAAAAAUCCUCAAAACCUAGAGGCUCCAAUCCUGACUUCUCUUGCUGAGCCGACCUCCCCUCAGCCCCAACAAACCUAAAUGUUCCUCAGGAGACUCCUCCGCGAUCCAGACUGGGACCAUCCCAAUUCUUCCUUGAGCAGAGCCCCAUUUUCCGCGUUUGAUGUGUUUAUGCGCGCCUGUACGCCCGAUCUGACCUGCUACCCACAGCACAUGGCACAUUGUGCAGAGAGGUGGAGAGAGGCGAUUGGAAUCCACAGCCGGAGUCCAUACUGCACAGAGAGAAGCAAGAGAUCUGGUUGCCUCCUUGUAGUUUACAUGUGAGGGGGAGCUGGAGCCAGACAGCGGUACAUCCUCACUCCACCUCCUCCUAAACGGAACACACAGCACAGAUAAACUUGAACCUCAGUUCCCUGGUACAGACCUCAGAUAAGUGUGAGGAGAGUGGAUGGAUAUACGGGGUCAUUUUUAGGUACACCAGGGGGCAUUCCCAGAUGCCUUCCUCCCCACAUUCUUGGAGAGGGAGAGGGAAAGAGAAAAGGGGAAGAGAGAAGAGCGACCCUUGUAACACAUCCUUUCUCACUGCAUCUCUUUAUAAUCAAUCUUUCUUAGACUGUCAUUAUUUUUCCAUCUUGCCUGAAGGUCUCUGUCCGAUGGCUCCUGAUGUCUUCUCUCUGCCUAUCUGUCACAAUUGUAACCCGUCUCUCUCUGCUGUCUGUCUCUGCCUCUCCUUGCCACCUGCCCUGUCUCCAUGGUUACCAUAGCUUCCAUCUGCAUAUUUUAGGAAUGAGUUUGUGUCCAGCUGGAAGGCAUCAGGGAAGUGGAAGAUGAGGGAAAAAAAAUCCCAAGGAUUUGGAAAACUCACCUGAGAUCAUUCAUACUGGCGGCCACCAGACACAAGAUACUAAAAAUAAUGUUCCUGGAGAAGGAGGAAGAGAAAUAUUGCUGGGAAGCUACCCAUUUUUAUUAGCCACCAUUUACGGGACGCCAACUAUGUGCCAGAUUGGCCGGGAGAAUUGACCAAUGGGAAGCCCUGGGAGGCGGAGCUAGGACGCCAGAAGCUAAAGGAAGACCUGCAAAUUUCAAGUUGGCUGCGACGUGGGCUCCGCGUGGGGGAGGGGCAGCAGGUUUUUCUCACUGGAUCUCUGAAUACCCAGGCCCCCUCCACCAUGGCCAGUCGGGGUGGGGGCCGGGGUCGUGGCCGGGGCCAACUGACCUUCAACAUGGAGGCUGUGGGCAUUGGGAAGGGGGAUGCUCUUCCCCCACCCACCCUGCAGCCUUCUCCACUCUUCCCUCCCUUGGAGUUCCGUCCAGUGCCUCUGCCCUCAGGAGAGGAAGGGGAAUACGUUCUGGCACUGAAGCAGGAGCUACGAGGGGCCAUGAGGCAGCUCCCCUACUUCAUCCGGCCAGCUGUCCCCAAGAGAGAUGUGGAGCGUUACUCAGACAAAUAUCAGAUGUCAGGGCCGAUUGACAAUGCCAUCGAUUGGAACCCUGAUUGGCGACGUUUACCCCGUGAGUUAAAGAUCCGAGUGCGGAAGCUACAAAAGGAACGGACCACCAUCCUAAUCCCCAAGAGGCCCCCCAAGAACACAGAAGAUAAGGAAGAAACAAUACAGAAACUGGAGACCCUGGAGAAGAAGGAGGAGGAAGUGACUUCAGAGGAAGAUGAAGAGAAAGAAGAAGAAGAAGAGAAGGAAGAGGAAGAAGAAGAGGAGUACGACGAAGAAGAACAUGAAGAGGAAACUGAUUACAUCAUGUCAUAUUUUGACAAUGGAGAGGACUUUGGGGGUGACAGUGAUGACAAUAUGGAUGAGGCUAUAUACUGAAGAAGGACCCUGAACAAUAUCUCAGACCUUCACAUCGUUCUUGAUUGAAGAUACAGAAGUAACUGUCGCUAUUACUUGGUUUUGUGGACAAGCGAAUCAUUUGCUUAGAGUCCAGAUAAACUGGCCCUGGAGAUAGGAAUGGAGAAUGAUGACAGAUAGUUCUCUUUUCCACCCUUCCCCUCCUUCUACCCUUGUGUCACCUCUGAUAGCUUGGGGGGAGAGGGCAAAGGACCAAUGUCUUAAUUGUACGAAAGAAGGAAGGGUCAAAGAAGAACUGGGCUUUUAGAGCUGAGACAGCUGUACACGUGCCACUCCCCGCACUUUUUUGUAGUGGAAGAUAAUUGGGGGUGUAUGCAGUUAGGAGGAGUAAGGCCAGUUUUAUAUUUUUAAAUAAAAUGUUUUUAGCUGUC